AUGAUUCAUUGGGCUAGACGGGUUAAACAUGGAGAGGGAGAGGGGCAAUAUUGUCUCGUCUCCCUCUCCGUCUCCCUCUCACGAAUUCCCAGCGGUGAUGGCCGCUGUGGUGGUGGUGGCGGUAAUACCUUGCUCACUCACUCCACGUUGAAGUCUCCAAUGCAGUUGGCUUUCUCAUGCCCCGUUCCCGCUUAUUCAUUUGGCGUUUGA